AGUUAAACGAACCAUCCUCUCAAACUAAACUCAUAGCCUAAGCGAAUUUCAAUUAGCGUACUGGUCGUUUAACUAAUUCAUUUCCUUCCCUACGCUAUAGCUAUUUAGAUGUUUACGUUUGAAUGAGUUGACAGAACAAAGAAUAUACAAAACUGGACAACGAUCCAUUUCCAAAAACAGUAUUAGGCAAUUUACGCCAAACAUCCUUCUCAUUGGUCAUGGGUGGAUUCUCCUUCACCUCCCAAAUAUGGCAAAAUCCCCACCACCACUUAUUUAAUUUUUGUUCUUUCAUUUUGCCCCCACAAAUUCAUAUAAUAAUAAAUGAAAGCCACAAGAACACCCACGUUUGCUGAAUUUUGACCCUACAACCUUACCCAUUUCUUCACCCCACUUGAGAAACAAAAUGCGACACUAUGGUCCAACAAAUUGACAACAUUCCGCAUACAGCUACCCCAAAGCAAGUCAUAAUUGCGAAAACUGACUGUUUCUGAGAAACAAUUGGUGGUAUCUAUGGCUCCAACUUUGUCUAUUACAUCGAAUAUAAAAGGGAAAGAACCAAAAUGAAUCAGAAUUCAGCUUCAACAACAACAGUAAUGGCCCUCUCCCACUCACUAUACCAAAGGAAAGCCCCCUAGCUCUGACAUUUGCUUCCCCUCUACUACUAGUUUGAUAGUACCCUCUACUUAGAUGGCAAAAAUAGUGUAUCGAAUCUAAUCGUCACUCAAAUUAGUUACACUUAAGACUUAAGUUUGGAUCACAAAAGGCUGUUUCAUAUGACAGCAGAAGCAGAAUGAUAUUAACAGUUUGUGCUAGUUGAAGGCGAUGUAGUGACUGAGGCUUACUACAUAUGAGCAUCAUCCACCCUUUUUCUCCAUCCGCUCCUUUUCAAGGAUGAACAUUCCUUCUUUGUACUUCUGGCUCUCCUCCUUAGCUAUCUCCUGAAAAAAAAAUUCAUAUCAUGGUUGGAAAGAGUGAAUCAGUUAGUAAAUUGAGCAAAUGCAAUGGAACGAUUAGCAUCAUACUUUACAGUUACUAUCGAAAAGACAAGAUGCAAGACCAAUGCUGUUUCAACUGGAAUGGAUACGAACGAUUAACAUGGAGGGGAAGUUUCUUCCUUAAUGUUUGAUUAGCAGAAAUGAAUCAAUAUACUAGAAUGCAAGUUGGGGGGCCAACUUGGUGUCCCAUAAUCACAGACAGCAUGAAUGGUGAUGCACAUGAUGAAGGUUACAACUUACAAGUCAAUCAAUAUUCAAUACCAACAAUCUGUUAAAAAUGAACACUUAGCUAGAAGAACGUUACUGGCAAUCCACACAUGAUUAGGUACACAUGUGACAUUAAACUAUGCCAACACGGUCAAGUAAAGUAAGUAUUCUUCUCUGCCCUGUCUUAAUAUUCUGUCCUAUGCACAUAGUAAUCUGCAAGCAACUACGUGUUUAUCUGAAUAAUAAGGUCUGCCAGUAAUGCAGUGGAAGAAUCCACUACGUCUAUGUCAAUGAAAAUGGAAAAGAAAAAGAGGCUGUAUCAUCUUACAUAUCUCCAACCGACUAGCUGCAUGCAAGAACUGCAGUAAAUGUCAUUAACAACAUGAAAUCCACUUGAAAGAAAUCGCGGUUCGCUGGAUCCGAUUACUAUAUUGACCCUAAAAAACAGAAGAUAUGGGAAAACAAUAAGGUUAGAUGAUUAAACACAAUCCAACUCGACUGCAUUUCGCCAACAAUUCAUCUGUGUAUGUGUCAGGUGCAUUCACUAAGGACAUGAUUGAGCUCAGCUCUAGAUCCAAUCCAAAACCAACUGCAAGAUUCCGAUGUCUAGCAGAAGAGAAAGUACUAUUAACCAAGUUGUUAUAUUAUCUAUUGCAAAAGCCGCCAACGGAACAAAUCUGUCGUUCUCCCCAUUAUCAAUCACCUGAAAAAGCUCACUUGGAAGUUGGAACGUGCAUAGACACCACCAGCUUUCACAUUCUGCCAAAAAGAGAAUCAAGAAGCAGUUCCCCGCAAAUCUCCAUGUGAGCUCCAAAGGAUCUCUUUUUCUAACUAAUUACUAAAAUAUCUCUUUAAAAAACUGAAUCCUUCGAAUUUCCCUCUAUAAAAUCUAUUAGGCGUUUCCUUCACAAGGGGUUGCCGACCGUAGUGGUGGUGUGGUUUCUUGAUCGCUAAAGAUGCCAUCUUUCUAUCGAUUCUAGGCCAUCGAGAUUUCUGUUUCCUGUGGCUAAUCACACGCAACGGGUUGGCCAAUCUUGGGCAAAGUUCCUAGCAUAGCAGAAAGAUCUCCAUUGAACAGGCCAAAUCUUCUAAUCUUUACUCUGCAGGCUCAAUCACUAAGAAUCCCAACUUGGCAACCAAAUCAGAACUCACAGUUUCUUUACUCUUCUAACAGACAAUGCAUCAAACACCUUAGAGACACAACCCCAAUCGAAAUCCCCAGAUCAAGAAAGGCAAAGACGAGAACGAGAAGGUGCAGGGGUGGAAACUCACACUUUCCUGAAGAGAUAAGCGCGGCCAUAGCGACCCUGAAACUCCUUGGACUGGAUGUCAUCUUAGGAAGCGGAAUCGACCCUGCAGCCCUUGCACAUGAGCACCUUCUCUCCCUUCGCGUCCUCAAUGAACAAUCUCCCCAUUUCUGCUUGCUUUCUUCCCCCCUAAACGGAAGAACACCAAGAAAAUGAGAAAAGAUCAUUCCUUUCCGGUCCCCUAUAAAUUCACCCCUUUUCCCCAGAAUCAAAACCACUAAUUUCUUACGAUCUGAAGAACUUCCGACUGAGAAAUCGAUGGUUCUCCUCGGAAUCGAAAACGGCGAGCUAGCUUUCUUUUUUUCUUGCCCUACUCUCGCCGUCGGCUCCGGCAGCCGAUUUGGGGGCAGAAGGACUGUGACCAAGUGUGAUGAAGCUGGACCAGCGGAGUAAGUCUCCCGUUUAGCGAGAAAAGAUAAAAGAAGGAAGAAAGACGUUCCUCUGACUUCCGCUCUUAUUAGUGGUGACGGUUUUAACCGAAAUGACGGCCAUAGGUAAUUAACUACCAAGCAACGACAUCGUUCCUGCGCGCCAUCGCUUAACGGUUUUGGAAAAGGGAACGCAACCGUCAGUGGGCGAGUGAGAAACGGUGUCGUUUAAGCUAUGAGGAUUAGACAUUUCCAAAUCUCUUAACAAAUUAUUAAUGAUUAUUAAUUAGUGUUUCUGGAUUCGCCCAUAUUAUAAUUUGUUUCUUGAGAACAAACAAGUUCAGUGACUAAAUUGAACCUACGCAUAAGUUCAGUGACCAGCAGAGCCAUAAUUAGUCCUUACAAAAAAGAAACGGAAAAUAAGGGAACCGCGGGAGGGGAUUCUACGCACAGCAAAAACCAUUGCCAUUGUUGUGUUCUUUUCUUUCAUCGUCCGCUCCAAAUCCCAUUUGCAUGGCAAAGAAUUAGAAAACCGAAACACAGGAAGAAAAGAAGGCGGCAGAAGAACCCUCAUUGUCGGUUGAAUUAGAUCAAAGCCCAGAUUCUAACUCAUCGUGAAGGCGCGACCUUCGUUGGACGUUUCCCGCGAACAAUUUCUGGACUUCCCGCGUACCCUUUUCCAUAAUCACCCAUUGUUAUACCUGUAAAGGUCGGUUCUUUGUUUCCCCUCCUCGAUAAUGCGACAGUUUUCGAGCACUGAUCGACGGCUACUUUUUUAACAUUGCUUUGAUUCUCUUGGAAUUGCGUGUGUGGGGGUUCUUCUGAUCAAUUCUUCAUGAUUCUGGAGCACUGAAAAAGAUCGAUUCUUUGGGUGGUUGUUUAAUGAAUGUUUUGUCCUGAU